AUGGCUGCCCUGCAGAAAUCUGUGAACUCUUCCCUUCUGGGAGCUCUGGCUGCCAGCUGCCUCCUCAUUGCCCUGUGGGUGCAGGGAGGAGCAGCUGUGCCCAUCGGCUCUCAAUGCAGGCUUGCCAACUCCGACUUCGAGCAGCCCUAUAUCACCAACCGCACCUUCAUGCUGGCUGGGGAGGCUAGUUUGGCAGAUAACAACACAGAUGUUCGUCUCAUUGGGGAUACACUAUUCCACGGAGUCAAUAAAGGAGACCACUGCUAUCUGAUGAAGGAGGUAUUGAACUUUACCCUUGAAGAAGUGUUGCUCCCCCAAUCCCAUAGAUUCCAGCCCUAUAUGCAGGAGGUGGAGUCCUUCCUGACCAAGCUCAGCAACAGGCUAAGCCAAUGUCAUAUCAACAGUGAUGACCAGCAUAUUCAGAGAAAUGUGCAAAAUCUGAAGGACACAGUGAAAAAGCUUGGAGAGGAUGGAGAGAUCAAAGCAAUUGGAGAACUGAAUUUGCUGUUUAUAGCCCUGAGAGAUGCCUGUAUUUGA